UCAGCUGGCAACCACACUAGUAGAAAACUGUGCCAACGUGGAAAAGUCGCAAAGCAUACCGAGGAUGCUCAUGUUCCUGGUUCUGUUAUGCAUUUCUCUGGGAGAUGCCAUGCCGUUUGGUAAUCCCAAUGGGGAAUCCCGGAAGAACCCUUGGGAACUGGGUAGCCACUUCGAAGGUGAUAUCGUGAUGCCAAUGGGCUACAGGUUUGCUCGUAAUGGUUUGGUGCCGCAGAGGUUCCACUGGCCUGGUGCCGUUGUGCCCUACGAGAUUGAAGGUGCCUUUACCCGCGAGGAGCUGGAGACACUAAAUAACGCAUUUAAGGAGUACCACAAUAGGACCUGUGUGCGCUUCAGGCCCAGGAUCAAGGAAAAGGAUUACAUUGCGAUUGUAAACAAAGGGAUCGGAUGUUACAGCAACCCCGGACGUGUGGGUGGCCGCCAGGAGGUGAAUUACCAAACGCCCGAGUGCAUGAUACAAUUCGGCACUGUGCUCCACGAGCUGAUGCACGCCGUGGGCUUUUAUCACGAACAUAACCGCUAUGAGCGCGAUUCCUAUGUACGCGUAGUAUAUGCAAACAUCGCGCCCUUCGCCAAGCCUAACUUCUGGAGGUACCACAACAGUUCACUGCAAGGAUUCGGCGUAGACUACGACUUCGCCAGCGUGACGCACUACCCGCAAGUAAGCUUCUCCGUGAAUGGAGAGCCCACGAUUGUGCCGCUGCGCGAUACUCCCGAGUCCAGGAUGAUGGGUCAACGGGAAGGUUUCUCCGUCGGGGAUGUGCGCAAAAUCAACGCCAUGUACAAGUGCAAGAGAUCGAAGUCUGGAAAACGACGAAAAGUGCGCAUAAAAUUCAAACUGGUUUACUGAAAAAACAUGUCUAUAGGUACAACAUUUGAUAACAACAUUAACAUUCGCCUA